AUGAAAGGAAAUGAAAAAUACCAAGCAUUGUUUUCCAUUCUCAAUACCAAAUCUUCUAGGAGAGGUAGAGGACCUACAUCCUCUACAAUUGAACGAAUUGCAGCUGCGGCAGAAUGGAAAUCCUGCUUCUUUUUAUCUUCGUUCGAUGGAAAAACCAAUGAAUCAUCUCUCGGAAGAAGUGAACAUAAGGCUUUGCUAAGCAGAGGUAAGGUGAGGAUGGCUGGUCCAGAGGGCAUCGAUGGUGGUUCAUACAUCGUACCAUGUGAUCCAUCUGAUGAUAUCAUAAGAAGCGUGAAUUCGUGUAAUUACAACCAGUACCUUGGUUUGCUAAGUUCUUAUGGAGAGGACACUGUCAAACAUGGUCACUGUCCUCAGGCAAAGAAAUGUGACCACAAAACACAAACAGUAAACUCUAAGUAA